AUGGCAUGCACACAAAUCCUCCCCUUCAUCUGCAAAAUAGGCAAUAAAUGCCUCGAAACGUUCGGUCUGAAAUACAAACCUGAGAGGAAAUCACUUGUUAUCAGCUCACCAUACGAUUUCAAAGAAGGCCCAGCGGUGAAUUUCCCGGGGUACAGUCAAGAUGACAUCUCCCUCAUGAAGGAAAAGGCGAUCGCGUCGACGGCUGUAACGGAGGAUCUGGGGUUUGAGAGUAGCAGCAGGGAGAGUUGGGUGGGUAGGAAGGGGAUUAUAGGGAGAGAGAGGAGGGUUGUGAGUGCGGGUUCCGGGUUUGGGAUGAAGAGGGUGGUGGCGCAUGCUCGGAGGGUUAGUAGGGGGUGUUUGUCUUAG